AUGCCAACCAUUGUGGUUCGAAAUCGAGGCAAGAAGCUUCCGGUUCUGAUGGGAAGGAACUGGUUAGAAAAACUACGCUUGGAUUGGAGUGUUGUCGGGCAAGUCACAGCUGAUUAUCGUGUCGAGGAAAUGCGUAAGAAAUUUCCAGACGUGUUUGAUUCAAGUUCGGGACUGAUAAAGGAAUUCCAAGCGAAGAUAAUCGUCAAGGACAGCAACACACCAGUGUUCUGCAAGGCUCGAUCCGUUCCUUUCGCUGUAAGAAAUGCUGUAACUGAGCAGCUGGACGAACUCGAAAAGACCGGCAUUGUAAAACAUGUUGCACAGAGUGAAUGGGCCACUCCAUUAGUCGUGGUGCCUAAGAAGAACGGUGAGGGCCUAAGACUUUGCGGCGACUUCAAAGUGACUAUUAAUCCAGUGCUUCAAACGGAACAUUAUUCGUUACUGCACCCCGAAGAACAUUUCUCUGUUUUAGCAGGAGGCAGUGUUUUCUGUGUCCUUGAUUUGUCAUCUGCUUAUCACCAGAUUGAAGUGGCACGCGAAUGCCGUCAGCUGCUGACGGUCAACACACACCAAGGACUUUACCAGUUUCAAAGAUUACCGUUUGGUAUAUCAAGUGCACCUGCCAUAUUCCAGUCCCUGAUGGACAAGGUUUUGAAGGACAUACCUCAAGUCGGUUGUUAUAUUGAUGACGUGAUUAUUGCUGGGAAGGACAUAGAAGACUGCAGCAAGCUCCUAGAGACGGUCCUUAAAAUGCUUAACAAGUAUAAUAUUGAAAUUAGGGAGUCUAAUUGCAGGAUUUUCCAGGACUCCGAAGUUUAUGUAGGGCAUAAGAUUACGCCUAAGGGCAUUUAUCCCACUGACAGAAAGAUAAAGGCCACCAUACAGGCCCCAGAUCCAACAAAUGUAACAGAGUUGAAAGCAUAUAUAGGAAUGUUGAACUUUUACGCACGGUUUCUGAAAAACCUGUCAACAGUUGCUGCACCAUUGUAUGAACUUCUAAAGAAGGGCAAAAAUGGUUAUGGGAUAGGAGAUGCCGAAGAGCUUUUAAAGCGACGAAAGAACUGCUAG